CUGGCAUUCCUGGGUCCGUCAGGCACGUACACCGAGGAAGCGGCUCUUCUUUAUGAUCCAGCGGCCGAGUUGCGCCCCUUUCCCAACAUCACCGCCGUCGGCAUGGCGGUGGCGUCAGGGGAGACCCCACAAGGCGUAGUUCCCAUCGAAAACAGCAUAGAGGGUUCCGUUAAUUUCACUCUCGACCUGCUGCUCAGCGAGGGAUCUCUGCUCAUAAGAAACGAGAUGGUGCUGCCCAUUGAGCAUUACCUCAUGGGCAAGCCCGGGACACGACCCGAGAGCAUCGAAGUAAUAUAUUCUCACCCCCAGGCCCUGGCGCAAUGCCGGGAGUAUCUGGAGACCCGGUUUCCCAGUGCCGUUCGAUCGGCCUCUCUCAGCACGGCCCAGGCUGUCGGAGACGCCAUUGCCAGCACUGUGCCGGCUGCGGCCAUUGCCCCUCGCAGGUCCGCGGAACUAUACAGCGCCGAAAUCCUCGACUCGGGCAUACAGGACGUUGCCGCCAACGCCACGCGAUUCGUGGUGCUUGCCAAGACGGACCAUCCGCCAACGGGCAACGACAAGACCUCGUUAUUCUUCACCUUUGACGAGGAUGUGCCUGGCCAGCUUACACGGUAA